CUGUACUCCACACAGGCAAACCCACAGAGGCUCGCAAUAAACCGUCUAGCCUGCAGCACACACUCUCUCUAACACCGGAUUCUCCAUCUUACUAUAUACAUUUGCAGGCCAUUUAGUAAAGAAGCCAUUCUUACCCGCCUCAGGGGUCAGAAGAAUACAGAACAACAUGUGACAAUCAGUGCUCCACAGUCGACAGCAUGCUUCGAUUCCCUCAGACCUUGGCUCUUUUCUUCUGGUAUUAUUUGCUACUUCAGAGCCGAGCUCUGGCUGACGAAGAGGCCAGUGGGGAACUGACACCAUCAAGCAAAAAUUCACCUGAGGAGAAAUCUAGCAUUUACUCGUGGUUUUCAUCCAUACCGAGGCUUUCUUCCCUACCAUCUUUUGGCAUUUUUGGGAGCUCAGAUAGCAAAAAUGAAGAUGCUGUCUCAACUGCAACUGCCAAAAAGGUGACAGAACUAAUUAGUUACUUUCAAGAUCCCACAGGACCAGGAGAAGGGACCAAUUCUGAGGAAUCUCAGCAAACCACAACACUGACUCAAGGGCUCUUUAUGAGUGUGGCGGAGAUAAGAACUGAACCACCUCCCACUGGGACAUCAGAUUUGCAAUACAGCAGCAUAGCUCAGAGCAACAGUGAGGCUUUUGUUUCUCCCACAAGCAGCUUUAUCAGAAAUACUCUGUCCACCAAUAGUGCUCGCAGAAGUAACAGUCCUGAACAAAACACAACACACAACCUAACAUCGAGAUCUACAACAGCUGCGACUCCUAGCACUGAUGCCACUAAAAAUCCCCUCUUAGAUGAAGAAAGAAUUUAUUGGGAAGCUAUUGAGAAGAUUUCUUCAACAGUCUCACCAGAAACUACAGUUCCAACUGCCAUGACAAGGAAAGCAGUCCAAUCCACAACACCCAACCCAGGACAGGUGGAGACUGCUCAGACCUCAGACUCUGUUUCUCUGGGUCCUGUUAGUCCUUCCACCAUUUCAGAAACUUAUUUUGUUGGUCAACAAGAAGAUUUUGCUGUUAGUGUUGCCCUUUACUCAUUAGAAGAAACAUCAGAAAUUCACUCCACAAAAAGUCACUGGAACUUGGGCUUGUCUGAGACCAGUCUGGUGAACACUGAACAACAGCCAGUGAUGUUUUCUAGUACCCUAAGGACAGAUCCUACCAAGGUGGAAGUCACAACAUCAGAAAUUUACAGCACACAAAACACUUUAGACCUGGGUUUUUCUGACACAAGCAUGGUGAAUGCUGAACAACAGCCUGAAGUUUUCCCUGCUGCCCUCAGGACAAAUCAUAACUUAGUAGUGGAGGAUACAACAUUAGAAAUGUACCACACACAAAGUCACUUAGACCUGGGCUUCUCUGAGACCAGUGUGGUGAACGCCAAACAAGAGGCAGUAGUCGUUUCUUCCACCCUCAGGAAGCAUCCCAAUUUGGUGGUGGAGAGCACAACACCAGAAAUCCAGACUACACAAAACCAUGUGGACUUGGGCUUCUUUGAGACGAGUGUGGUGAAUGGGGAACAACAGCCUGGAGUACUCUCUACCACCCUCUGGAUUAAUCAUAAUUUAGCUGUGGAAUCCAUACCAAGCACAACUCAAAGCCAAAGGGCUACCUUUCCAAUUGCAGAAGAGCUGCCAGGCAAAGAGGCUAAGGAGAAAGAUGAAGGUUUGGUUACCUCAGCUAUAGGCGGGGAUGCUGACACACAUUUGACAGACACUUCAACAUCAUCCGCUCAGCUGCUAACAACAUCCACAGCACAGAACACAGGUAUUCUCACUGAAUCCUCAUCUAUACUUCUGUAUGCUGAAGACUGGAUGUCUAACCUACCAAGCAGUGACAGCACCUUACUUCCAGACUGCAAUAAAGAACGCUCUGGAAUCUGCAACCUCUCCGACACCUGGGAUGCCACUACGUCCCUGAGCAUGAAGCCCUCACAAAAUAGCACUGUCACAAACCAGUCAAACAGCCCCUUCCUAAUCCCAGCUACACCCAUGUUGGUGCCAUUGUAUACUGACUGGAACAGUGCCAUGGCGACCUGGGGCCUGGCAUGGGAGGCACACAUCUAUGGUGCAGGUGGUGUCUUUGCAAUGGUAACACUCGCCUCUGCACUCAAUCUGCUUUGUUUGCCACUAAGAUGUCCAUCAGGGUGUGGUUACUUUGCUCUGGUCAGCCUGUUUCUUUUAUCUGCUGGUUGCACCAGGUCUGUCUCCCUUCUCUAUGAUGCCUAUGGCCACCAGGAUCGUAUAUCCUCCACAGAGGCUUCACUCAUGCUCUAUGAAGCACCUUUUCCCUGCCUUACUGCAGCUUUUGGUUUGGUUUUUCUUCUCCUCUCGAUGCGCUCAAGAAUGCAGCUCUCCUAUUCAGCCUUCCAGAGACCUUGUUUCCUAGCCUGUCUGGUUGUCUUGCACUUUGCUGCUGCAUUUGGUCCAGUGACUUUCUUGAAGUUUUACCAGCAAAAGCCCCCUUUGUGCCUCCUUCUGUCAUUGAUCUCUCGUGGAGCCUUUGUGGCGCUCGCAACAUUUCUAUCUGCUGCCUAUUUUGUGUUCUAUAUCUAUGUUCGGGCUGACUCAAAGCACAUCUAUCAUCUGAACAACACAUCUCCAACACCUGCUGAACGCUACAACCGCUGCCCAUUUGCUGAGAGCAGGGACUGGAAUCGUGCAGCUGUAACUGUUUGUCUUUCAGCAUUGUUUUCUUUAACAUGUGCAGGACUGCAGUUAUACGCAAUGCUUAAUGCUAUGGGUGUUAUUGGUGGCGAGGAUGUCUUCUCCCCCUGGCCUUGGUGGGCUUUCCAGUUUAGCUGUAGACUGUGUGAGCUUGGAAUUUGUCUCACCUUAGCUUUGGUGGUUGCCCAACCAGUUUUUUGUUCUGACCAGGUUCCAGCAGCUGGAAGUUGUUGGGCUGAACUUCUAGCAUCCAAGUCCCCCAUCCUGCCUGGGACCUACCAGUGGACAAUCAGCCAGCAGGAGAAGCUUGCUAUUGUUGACACCGUUGGGCAUGGUGAGACAGAAAGCCUUCCACUGUACACUUUGAUGGAUGAGAGGCUUGGUAGCAGCCUGAACGGUUUGGACCUCCUCUACCACAGCAACCGGGCUUUAGCGUACCAAGACCUAGAGUUGGAUUUAGGCUUACUGGGUUCAGAAAAACCUGAGGAUGGGGGAGGCAGAGAGCGUUCAGGUGGAUCUUCAUUUACAAGCGACUCCACUACAGACCUGCGACCCCCUUCACCAAUCAACUUGCGGCGUAGCAUAGACGAGGCACUCUUCGGUGAGGCCUUGUUUCCCAUGAGUCUCUUCAGCCCUGUUAGACCUAUUCGCUUCAAUGACACAGCUGUAAAAGAACACUGGACGCUUCCAAGCAAUGGUCUCUGUGAUCCUCUCUCCACCGACUCCAGUCUUUAUCGAACUUCAUCUUGCCUGGAGAUGGCUUCUCAGUCACAGUUCCCUUCCACCCAGUCUCAAGGUGUAGCCAAAGAAGGAGGUCCAGCGUCUCCCUCAAUGGGCUCAUUCUCCAGUGGUUCAUCCCCUGAACGUUGGAGAGGCAGUUCCUCUUACUGCUCUCUUUACCGUACCUCUCUCGCUGGCUCCUCUCUUGUCCUUUGCCCAAGAUCUGAAAGACAUACUAGGCAGUUUCUGCAGGAAGGGGGCUCAGAACUGACAUCCCAUAACCCACAAAGAAACUACCAAGCUCUGGGAGCUGCCUCACAGGAAAGCCUGAACCUUUCAACUGAGACUGAUCAAUCUGUGCAGCAAGAAUUCAUCACAGUUUGCAGACAAAUGGAUUCUUUAAGCAUCUGCAGCGAGACUAUAGAUUUAUAAAUUUUUAAAAAAGAGACUGAUUAAGGACCAGAAAUGAGUGUCUGCUUUUCGCAGUUGCCUGGAAUUUUAAAUGGUAUUUGAUAGUGCAUGUCAGCUUUACAUACAUCUUAAAGACUUUAGCUGCUAAAAUGUUUCAGGAGGUCUGAUGAGACUUCUUAAAGAUUUAGUGAAUGUCCCUGUGAGUCUAAGUGCCAAGACUGUCAAACGCCAAGAGACUGUUUGUACAUUUUACAUGUCUGAUAAAAGCAAAUGACAAGUGUUAAAUUAAGAGAUACCUUUACAGAGUGGUGAUAUAACAAGAAGAUAUUUGUACAAAUGUUUUUUAUGGCAUUCCAACAUUCCAGUAGGUUGUACUGUGAAAGAUAUAAGCUCCAAACUACUAAUGUUGUAAUAUUCUACAUAGGUUUACAGUUAUUAUACAUAAUCCUUGGUCUGGAUGUUUUUUCAAAAUGUAAACAUCUCAUACAUAAAUAUAUCUCAAAGUUAUGACACAGCAGUGCCCUCUGCUGGCAAAAGAACAGUAUAUUCAGCAGCUGUUUCAAUACAUUCGUUGCUGUAAAAAGUAUUUACUCCCUUACAGAUUGUCUAGUUUUGCUUUUUUUGCCACACAUAAAUGUUACAAAUAAUCAAACAACUUUUAAUAUUAGACAAAGGUGAUGAAAGCGUGAGUUAAUUUUUGAUGUUAUUUGAUAAAUGAUGUCAUUUACUUGGAGAAAAAAGCUCUCCAAGCCAUUCUGACACCUCCUUUGGUGGCAAUAACUGCCAUGAAGCAUUUGCAACACCUGGCAUUAGGCCUAUAAUUUCUUGAGAUGUUUUACUUAGCUUUUUUGAGCAGGUUUAAUUUAAAAUUGCUGGUGCGUUUUAAUAUCAUUGUUAUUCUACAUAACCUAACAUAAGCUAACUGGACUUAAAAACACAAAUCGGCGACUUUAUUUUCACCGUUAGGAUUUUCUAGGUAGAGAGCAUUGUUCCAGUAGAAGUUAAGUUCCUUUAGCAAAGCAGCCCCAGACCAUCCCACUACCACACCAUGUUUGACUGCCAGUAUGAUGACCUUUUUGUGAAAUGAUGCACUAGACAUAUGGCAGAUUAACAGGACGCAUGCGAGGUGAUUAUAGAGUCUUGUACAGGGUGCAUUUUAAACAAGUAUUUAUUUUUUGUAUGUAUUGGAGAGCAUGGUGUAUGUUACCAAUUUAAGAGAAAUUGUGAGAACUCAGAUAUCUGUAUAAUCACUUGAUUUUGUUGGUGUUCUGUCUUCUGAUUAUGGGAGGUGGAAAAUACAAUGACCAUAAUUGACUGCCCACUGAAGGUGGAUGUACUGGAAGGGGGUAAUGACUGGGAAACAAAGAAAAAUGACUUAUCAAAAACACUAUAAAACAUACAGUAUAAUGAAUUAACAUUGUGAAUACUGAACUUACUGCUCAUAUUAUCUGAAUUUGAAGUGUAAAGUCCCGUCCUCCAAUGCUGUUACAAGAAACUAAAGGAGAUAUAAAAAAAAAAUUGUUUACACAAAAACACGUUAAUAAUCUCAUCUUAAUAGCCUUUGUUAUAUCAGACUUACUUAUACUUUAAUAUGUUCAUUUCUUUAUAUGGGGCAGUAUUAUUUGACAUGGUUCCAAUGUAGAGGAUUGGACUAUGUGCGGAAGCCUGCAUUGUGUCUUUUAACGACUACGUUUACAGCAUAAUAGAGAAAAUAAAGUUUAGAUGCUCAAAGUCCACUUGGAACGCAAAAAGUAGAAUAAAAUACAGAAACAACAUGCACGUAGUAAAUGUACGUUAUCCAAAUUUUUUCCAUGUAAAUUGUAAAACUUGCAUUGUUAGUUUGACUCCACAAAUCUGGUAUCUUACAACCUGCUGGACAGCAGCAGGACAAGCUAAGCUGUUCUAUGCUAAAUUAGUUUCUGUAUUCUAUCUAUACUACUUACCACUGUCCUCUUGUGUUUCCGUCGUUUUUUCAUCUUUUAAUACUACGUAGAAGGUGACGCUGAUAAGAUGCACCUGCGCUAGUUGAUGAGGGCGCAAGAGAUGGGGCCCUGUCAGGGGGUUCUUCACAGGUCGACCACAGUCAUUGAAAACUGCGUGGCGAUUUGAAGUUGGUCAGCCCUUGGAGACCCCCUUCUUGCUUGGUUUCCCAGGCUUUCCUAUUGGCAAGCAGUCUUCCUGGAUGGGAUGCUCUUGUCUCAGUCUGCAGAAUAUUUUCUAAAUUGUUGGGGAGCAUCGAGAUGCUUUCGUUAAAUUUAAGAUGGACUUCUAUGUUCUUCGCAUUUAUGCCAUUUUUGUCUUGUUUGUUGAUAAUUCUUUAACACUGAGCCUAAGCGAGAAAUGUGAGGCCCACAGUCCUUUGGAAAUUGUUCUAGGUUCUUUUAUGACCUUCUGGAUGAGUCACUGAUUCUCUCUUGAAGGAACUUUGGUACCCCAUCCACGCUUGAGGUUAAUCACUGUUUUCUCCAUAUGUUGAGUAUGACUCUCACUGUGGUUGUCUGAAAUCACAAAGCCUUGGAAAUGUAUUUUACACCCUUAACAAUUUUAUAGGUCACUGACCCUGUUUUUUAUUUCUUUAGAAAUAUGUGCUGCAUUUUAAAAUCUUUUAGUCUGCUUCAGGUUAUCAGACAGGUUCUAUUUAAGAUAUUUCAUUUCACAACAAGAAAUCUGUAAGUUUUUACAGCACCGUGCAAACCCGAUAGCAUCAUCUCACUGGAAUACAAUUUUUUUUUGUAAGCUGAAAAAAAAGAUGUGUAUAAUAGUCGAUUUUUUUCUAAGUUUUAAAAUAAAUCUCAAUAUAUGGCUUCGCAAUGCUAAUUGAAAAAAAGACAGAUCAUGCACAGUAUUAUGUAUUUAUUUUAACAUAUUAAAACAGAAAAAGCAACUUUUAUCUUAAGAGUGUUUUUACUGUAAACAUAUCCUAAAAUGAUCUUCCUCAACAUCUCCAGAUGGAUUUACUAAAUUCUGAGACUUUCCCCAUAAGUUUAUGAAAACAUGCCACUCUGUGAUGGCAACUGCUUGACAAACUGAAUUUUAUACAAAAGGAGAAACAUCAAUAAAAUGUCAGUUGUGCUUUCUGGAUGGGUUGACAGGACUCAGUGUGUGAUAAUUAAGACAUUCUGAACAUCUGGAUAACGUGUCUUAAAAUGGGGAAACUGAAAAAAAUAAAUAAAAAUAAAAGUCUUAAAACUGA